UGGCCUCUGCAGAAGCAGAGUAUUGAAAUUGAAUUUAAUAUUCCCUCACAAAAUUCCACUCCCUCUCUCUCUCUCUUCAAAUCCUUAAACUACACAAACACAAAACAAAUACUCUCUCCUUCUCCUUCAUUCUACAGAGAUUGAGCUAAGCUUUAAUUUUUCUUUUUUUUCUUUUUUAACUUUCUUAUUUUCAAUCUGUUCUUUCUUGCUUAAUCCUCCUAAAUAAGGAGAUAAAAAGAUUUAUUAUUGGUUCAGAAAUUAGGGUUUUUGCAGUCAAAGAAAGAAAAAUAUUGGGCAUGAGGUUCAACGGAGAAAUCUCUCCUCAUGAACCAGAACCAAACGAAGAACAAGAAGAGAAGGGGAGUGGAAAUUUACAGCCACAAGAGUUUGUCGUUGGCUACGCUUUGACUUCAAAGAAGAAAAAAAGUUUCUUGCAACCAAAAUUUGAAGUCUUGGCUCGAAAUAAGGGGAUUCUAUUCGUUGCCAUUGACACAAACAGACCUCUGUUACAUCAAGGUCCUUUUGAUGUUGUCUUGCAUAAGAUGUCUGGAAAGGAGUGGUGCGAAGUUAUUGAGGAUUACAGGCAGAAACAUCCAGAAGUUACUGUCCUUGAUCCUCCAGAUGCAAUAAAACACCUACACAAUCGGCAAUCAAUGCUCCAGGAUGUGGCAAAUCUUAACUUGUCUGACUGCCAUGGCAAGGUCUGCAUUCCAAAACAAAUGGUUAUAAAAAACGAUCCAUUAUCAAUUCCUGAUGAAGUUUUUGAAGCUGGUCUAAAGUUGCCAAUAGUUGCUAAGCCUCUAGUAGUGGAUGGAAGUGCCAAGUCGCAUGAAUUAUUUCUUGCUUAUGAUCGAUUCUCCCUUGCAGAACUUGAGCCUCCCUUGGUUCUUCAAGAGUUUGUUAACCAUGGAGGUGUUCUUUUUAAAAUUUAUAUUGUUGGGGAAGCUAUAAAGGUUGUAAGGCGGUUUUCUCUUCCUAAUGUCAGUAAAUGUGAGCUAGCAAAAGUUGUUGGUCUGAUACCUUUUCCAAGGGUUUCAUCUGCUGCUGCUUCUGCAGAUGAUGCAGAUUUGGACCCUAGUAUUGCUGAACUUCCUCCUCGACCCUUGCUGGAAAGGCUUGCAAAGGAACUCCGACGGCGGCUGGGCCUGCGGUUGUUCAACAUCGAUAUGAUCCGUGAGCAUGGGACCAGAGACAUAUUUUAUGUCAUUGACAUCAACUACUUUCCUGUCCAAUUCACCAUAGAAGCUGCUGAAGAUGGCGGUUAAUUAGCAAGUUUCUUUCUUUUUUUUUUUUUUGGGAUUCCCGCAGGGUACGGGAAGAUGCCAGACUAUGAGAACAUUUUUACAGAUUUUCUUCUGAGCCUAGUGCAGAGCAAGUAUAACAAGAGACCUAAUACUUAAUUAUACACAUCUUCUUUUUCUUUCAGUGCAGGUUUAGGUCUCCUUGGGAAACCAAUAACACUACUACCAAAAUGUAGUUUUAAGUUUUAUAGUAACUGGUGUGAAAUGCUUUAGCUCAAGCACAACCAUGUAAGUACAUAUAAGGUUCUCAAUGCAAUUUCAAUCACUUUUUUAUAACGUAUUAAUUCAGCAGUUAUCAGGCAAUUAUAAGUGUACAUUUUGGUUAGAAGCAAAACUCUUCAUCAGAGUAUCUGAUAUAAGACAAAUAUUGACAGAACAUCUGAUCAAGUUCUAAUUAUGAAACC